ACCGUCUGAACGGUUCAUGCCUUUUGCAAUUUGCGGCCGGAGCGUCCUCAAACGCGCACCGCAGAAUUCGCGAGUACCUGACUUGCAAAUCGAUAUUUGGCCUCGGUUUGGGGCAAGACGUGAUAGUGGGAAUGUCCCCUGAAGGUUGGUUCCUCUCAUAAGGGUGCCUCGUCGCGCCCUCUCCUUCGCACCUUCGCAUUUCCUCGUCCCCACCCCGCUACCCUCGCGCGAUCAUGAUGUUAUUGUUCGAUUUCCUCCUCGCGGGCGCGCUCUUCCUCUCCUCAGCGACGGCGCUGGUGGCACCAAGUCAGGAUCCGUUCUACACGCCUCCCGCUGGCUUCGCGUCCAAGGCACCGGGCACAGUGCUGAGAAGUCGCACCGUUCAGACUGCGUUCCUCGGCCUCGUGCCCAAUCCCGUCCAAGGCUACCAGCUGCUCUAUCGGACGACCGCCACCAAUGGCUCGGCCAUUGCCACCGUGACCACCGUCUUCAAGCCCUUCGGUGCCGCACUUGAUAAAUUCGUCUCUUUCCAGACCGCCUACGACAGUUCGGACACGGUCUGCGACCCGUCGUAUAACUACCAGCUUGGGAACAACAACACGGACCUGAUCGUGGCGUUCGAGAGCCUGAUUCUCGAGAGCUACAUCCUCGAGGGCUAUAUCGUCUCCGCCCCCGACUAUGAAGGUCCUGACGCUGCAUUUUCCCCCGGACAUCUAUCCGGAAUGGGCGUGCUGGACAGCAUCCGUGCCGUCUCCAGCUUUGCCUCCUUGGGAUUCACUACGUCGAAGCCCGCAGUCGUGGCUGUCGGCUACUCCGGCGGAGCUAUCGCCACUGGGACGGCUAGCUUGCAGAGCACCUACGCGCCGGAGCUGAACAUCAAGGGCUUCGCGUCUGGCGGAACACCUGCGAACCUUACCGGGACACUGGUCUUCCUUGACGGCGAGCUCUUCAGCGGCUUUCUCCCUGCUGCUUUGGCUGGACAGCUUAAGCCGUCCGCAUACCAAGCAGAGCUAGAGCCCCUCUACAACAAAAUCAUCACCCCCUUCGGGCGCUCCAAGGUCGAAUAUGCCGAUGAGAACUGCGCUCAAAACGAUAUCUUCAACUUUGCCGAGCAGUCCAUCCUGUCCACUAAAUUCCAAACGUUGGGAGAGGGCCUGUUGUACGACCCGACCAUCAGCGGAAUUUUCGAACAAAACAUCAUGGGCAUCCACACGAAUCAAACGCCCGUUGCACCGGUCUAUCUGUACCACGCACGCAACGACGAGAUUAUCCCCUACCUCAAUGCCUCGACGCUGUACAACAACUGGUGCGACCAGGGUGCGACGGUGCACUUCACCACUUUUGGGAAUGGCGGUCAUCUCACCACCGAGCUUCUUGGUGUACCAAGCACCCUCCAAUUCGUGAACGCGGCUUUCGCAGGAACGGUGGCCAAGGGCUGCUCUCAGCAAACCGUGCUGAACAGCACGCUGAACCCCCUCGCACUGGCCGCGAGCCUGGAGCCGCUUGCCGUGUCGCUGAUUGAAGGACUUAACAUUGCGGGCUUGGAAGAUAUCAACAUCAAGAACGAUCUCAAUCUUCUGAAGAGCGGGCUGUAGAGCAGUGUUCGAAAAGGACUGCGUGUGGAGUGCGCUUGGCCGGCUGGAGGAGCGCCAAUAAGGAAUUAGAGACUGUGUUCGUGAGCGCGGCAGCUACACUGAUUGAUUUGUCUCAAGACGUACGCUAGGCAACAUAUUUCCGAUACUCGUCGGUCCAAC